AUGGCAGGUGAUCAGGGGGAGGAGUCUUUGACAAUAUUUGUGGACAAAAGGAAGCUCAGCCUGGAGUCUUCGUCGGCGGGGGGCGAUGGCAGCCGUAACAGCAACAGGAACUCCAACACGUCGGGGACGGUGACCCUGGAGGCCCUCCACCAGCUGGCCGCCUCUUACUUCACGGACAGAGAGAACACACUGCGCAGGCUGCACCACCUCCAGAUCGCAUCCUCCGCCAUCCGGGUGACAGAAACCAGAACCGGGCCGCUCGGAUGCAGCAACUAUGACAAUCUGGACACAGUCAGCUCUGUUCUUGUUCACAGUCCAGAAAACAAGGUUCAACUGCAAGAGGAGUUCCAAAGCUUUGUUGGGAAACUGCCAACCCAUUACGCUGUGAACACAUCUGUGGUGGAACACAUGUGGAGGAUGGACAGCAGCCUGCUGCAGCGCCACCGGCAGCUGGAGGCCGGCAGCAGCCAGCUCCUGGCCAAAGCCCGCCGCACCGUUAACAAGCUCUUCAGCCUCAGCAAGAGGUGCCGAAAACAGCCCAAAAUAGUCCUGCAUAGGGCGAGGCCUCUGCACUUCUGGUUGAGCUACUCCCUCUCCAUUUUAUACUGCAGCGAGAACCACCAGGUUGGUGUUUACAGUGAUGAGAGCCGCAGCUGUUCCUGCCCCUACUCCCACCCCCCAUGCCAGGGCCUCAUUCCCUGCUCUGUGGGCGACGGUACCCGCUGUGCCUCCUGCUCUGCGGAGAACAGGACCCGAUGCACCAGCUGUAACCUUGGCUUCACCAUCACCCAGGGAGCCUGCCGCCCUGCCGUGCCCGACCCUACAGACCCCUACCUGGGGUUAGAAAGCGACCGCGACCUGCAGGAUCUGGAGCUGCGCUUCCUGCUCCAGCGGCGCGACCCCCGCAUUGCUCUGCACGGCGUGUUUGUGAGCAACGACGUGCGGGUCAACACUUGGUUCGACCCGUCGUGGAGGAAAAGAAUGCUACUCACCCUCAAGAGCAACCGGGUGAAGUCCAACCGCGUCCAUGUGCUGCUUGGACUGGCACUGCAGUUUUGCCUCACCAGAAACAGCACUCUGGAGCCGGCGUUGUCUCUGUUUGUGAAUCCUUUCGGGGGCAGUCAUUCGGAAAGCUGGACCAUGCCUAUAGGUCAGCACGGAUACCCUGACUGGGAGCGAACCAAACUGGAUAUCCCCUUGGACUGCUAUAAUUGGACUUUAACUCUUGGAAACAGAUGGAAGAGCUUUUUUGAAACGGUACAUUUCUACCUGAGGAGUCGCAUCAGGGACCCCGCGGGAGCCAGCAAGAACACCACGGUGUACUACGAGCCUCUGGAGGCCAUCGAGCCGUCGAAUAACAUCGGCUACAUGAAAGUGAACAGCAUGCAGCUGUUCGGAUACAGCGUGCACUUUGACCCCGAGGCGAUACAGGACCUGAUUCUGCAGAUAGACUACCCGUACACGCAGGGAUCACAGGACUCGGCCCUGCUGCAGCUCGUGGAGCUGCGCCUAAGGGUUAACCGGCUCUCGCCCCCAGGGGCCCCACACGUGGAUCUGUUUGCCUGUCUGCUCCGCCACAGGCUCAAACUGUCGAGCGCGGACGUGACCAGGAUACUCACGGCCCUGCAAGCUUUCAGUGCCAGGCAACCAAACCACACGGAGUACGAGGCGAACAAACUGUGUAGUUAAGGGCGAUUCUUUUGAUGUUUUGUACUAUUUCCUCUUGCCACAGAUAGGCCUGCAUCCUCUGUAGGCUGGAUCCAUUUGUGUCAAGUGUGUGGUAUGUUGUUCAAGGCUUUAUUG